UGAGGAUGAAGAGGAGAGGCUGUGGACCAAACCAUUUUGUCUAUACAUUUUUACACGCUAAGAAAAUAUUAUCCAAAUAUCCUAGUGGAUAGGUGGUCGUCGGUCUAGGGAGAAUUACGAUUUGUGUGUGUAAAUCAAGUGGCUGGAUUACGACUCGAGCUAAUUUACGUUUGGAUUAGCUUCAAAUUUACAAUCGGGGAUGCCCUCUUUCCCACAUAUCUGCUAAUAAACAUGCAUUGACGGCGCAGAUACGGCGAAGAUGGACACCUGCGACGGGAUUCCAACAAAAAAGAGUAUCCGCUGUGAUUUAUGACCGAUUUUGGAUUCUAGUGCGUUAUCGGGAAACGUAAAACCGCCAUGAUUUUUGUGCUGUGGCCGCUGCUGAUUCACGUCAGCGGAUGGCGGGGAGUCGCACCGAGCCCGACCGACGAGGGAGCACUGCGGGCCGGUCACGGGGAUCACGGAGACCCGGGACACCAGGAGCACCACAAGGACUCGUACAGCACUUUUGCCUCCGAGUUCUUAGAGUCCAAAUAUUUGUCUGAUGACGGGUAUCCUUUUCCCACUGCCCCACCAGUGGAUCCUUUUGCCAAAAUCAAAGUCACUGACUGUGGUGUGACCAAGGGAUGCAUCAGGUAUGGAAAGCCCGGGUGUGAUGCAGAAACAUGUGACUACUUCCUAAGUUACCGCCGCAUUGGGACAGAUGUAGAGUAUGAGAUGAGUGCGGACACUGACGGAUGGGUGGCUGUUGGUUUCUCCUCUGACAAGAAAAUGGGAGGCGAUGAUGUCAUGGGCUGCGUCCACGACGACAACGGUCGAGUGCGAAUCCAUCACUUCUAUAACGUAGGCCAGUGGGCUAAGGAGAUUAAGAGGAACCCUGCAAGAGACGAAGAGGGAAUAUUUGAAAACAACCGCGUGACCUGUCGUUUCAAGCGUCCGCUUUACGUGCCUAGAGAAGAGACGCUUGUGGACCUCCAUCUCUCAUGGUACUACCUGUUUGCCUGGGGGCCUGCCAUACAAGGCUCCAUCACAAGACACGACAUUGACAGUCCUCCAGUGAGCGACCGCAUGGUCAGUAUUUACAAAUAUGAGGACAUCUUCAUGCCUUCUACUGCCUACCAGACCUUCAACUCACCCCUCUGCCUACUGCUCAUAGUAGCCCUCACCUUCUACUUGCUAAUGGGAACACCUUAAAUAUGGAGGCAGACAUUGGAGUUGUAGCAGCAAUAAAACAAGUUGCCAUUACUUUGUCAAGUGUGUGCUUUGCACUAACACUGUAUUAGGUUUUUUUUUUUUUUUUUUGACAUGUAGUGUUCUAACUAUUCUUACUCUCAUUAUGCUUUGGGAGUGCCAUGGGUUGCUGCCAAUCUGAAGUAAACAAUGCAAAAGAUUCACACAGCACAGGACACUUUUGAGUAACUAAGAGGACUGCACAUGCCAGCAGAAAAAAUCCCAGCAUGCGCUCGGAAAUCACCACCGAGAGAAGCAUAAGAGCAGAUAGAAACUAUUUACUAGCUCAUGAUUAACUUGCCAGAAGAGGAAAAAUGACACGCUGCAUUCUUUUUUAUUAUUUUUUCUAACUUGAUCACACUCUUUGGUUUGCCACAAAUAUGGUUAUCACCCAGAAGUAAUACCACAAAAUAUUAGGAGUGGCUUUUUUUGCACCCCAAUAAAUGGCACUUGGGCUUUGUAUGUGUUAUGUACUUCCUUAAUCUAAGUACAUGUCAGGCCGAGACUUGAAUGGAACAACACUUCUUUAUUCAGCGUGCUUCUCAGCAUAUGUACAUAUGUUACAGUAUGCACAUUUAACACCUAUAUAUUUAGGAUUUAUUUUAUUCUUAUUAUAUAGGUUUGUGCAACAGUGUGGCGGGAUCGCAAUGAGACAGGCUGAUAGAUGAGAUACUAAUUGCAAUAACUUAAGAGUAUCUUGUACAUUUUCUAUUUGCCUGGAUAUAGUCAAUAAGAUAAAUAUAAAAAUAAUAAUAAUGUCAUACACAUCAGUAUACUAUAUACACUAUGAUAACUCUCUAAUGCAAUUAAAAAUAAAACAUUGUUAAAUGUUCUUCGUUGUUGUCAUUGUUUGUCAAAGAUUCUCUAUCAAUUAUAACUAUGAAAUUAGCAAUAGUGUCACACGUCCCGGUUAACUAAUCAGUAAGUUUGCUUCACUCUCUGUUCUGAUGUUUGAGCUUUGAAUCUUGACUUUUGGCUUGGCGCAUUUUCUUGGUGCUUGAAUGAGUUUUUGAAAACAUAUAAUUAGGGCUGCAACUAACGAUUAUUUUCAUAAUCGAUUAAUGGGAGGAAUAAUUGAACGAUUAAUCGGAUAAAUCACUUUUUUCAAUUACCUUCACAAUUUACCUUGCAGUUGUUUUAGGCAUGUUGUAUGUAGCAAUGAAGACAAAAUGGAUGACUAUUUCCUUAAAAAAUAUUUUAUUACAGGUUCCUGACUUAACUAGUCUACAACUGUAUCGAUUAUCAAAUUCGUUGGCUGCUAAUUCAUUAAUAGAUUAUAAUCAAUGUAAUCAAUUAGUUGUUGCAGCCUUAUUAAGAAGCUAGUUUAGACAGUAAGAUGUACGAAAAUUGGCAAAAAUUGAGAUUUCCCAGAGUAAAAGCAGAUUGUUCAUGUCCUAGUUUGACUUAACAAAAAUAUAAUGAAGAAAUAUGAUAAUAUUUACAACUGUAUAUAUGUAUGUUAUCAUUCCAAGAAUUUAGACAAGUUUAAGAUGAAGAAGGUCCUUAACGAUUAAUUGGUUAUCAAAAUAGUUGUCGGUCCUAAAUGAUUAAUUGGUUAUUAAUUAAUUGGCCAACGCCGGAUCUAGGUUGAAAAAGUUGCGAAAGCUGUACUGCAUACAAACUGGAAGGAUUGUCUCAGGAUUGAUUUGUUUAAGAUUCAAGGUAGUUAUUAUAUUUUUCGUACCAUGCAUGCAUUUUGAAACGUUGAGAAAAAAAUCAGUGGAAUAAAUUAACCGCUAUGGUAUUGGCGUUUUAAUUCGCAAUAUUUAUGUAAAAUAAAUGCUAAAAGCCCGUUUAAAAAAAUUUUUUUUAAUUUUGCUUUUAACCAAGAAUCGGGACUGUUUUUACAUUCAUAGCUAUAAAGAAUUCAGGGAAUUAAGCAUUUAUUCCCAAGAAUUUUCAAUGUAAAAAGCUCUUUGUGGUGAUAAGGCGGCGCCACAGUGGCUUAAAGACUAGCAGCACAUUUGACGUAUUUACGUAAAAUAAAUGCUAACUGGCGGGAUUUUUUUUUUGCUUUUGACCAAGAAUCGAGACUAUUUUACUUUGAUAUCUAUAGAGAAUUUAGGGAUUUAAGCAUUUAUUCACAAGAAUUUUCAACGUGAAAAGCUUUUUGUGGUGAUGAGGCAAAGCCACAGUGGCUUAAAGACGAGCAGCACAUUCGGCAUAUUUACGUAAAAUAAAUGCAAACUGCCGUUUUUUUUUUGCUUUUAACCAAGAAUUGAGACUGUUUUACGUCCAUUAAGAAUUCAGGGAUUUAAGCAUUUAUUCACAAGAAUUUUCAAAAUAAAAAGCUCUUUGUGGUGAUAAGGUGGCGCCACAGUGGCUUAAAGACUAGCAGCACAUUCCACAUAUUUAUGUAAAAUAAAUGCACUAGCUGGAUGAACACCCAGUUAAAACUUCUGAUACGAAGCCAACAUUUAUAUGGGUUUGCAGCCCUGUUACUGUGAUUAUGCCAAGUAUGGAAGUCAAUAGAAGAAAUAAUAAAUAAGAGACCCUAGUAUUCUAUGAGCAUGAAUGUAAUAUUAUGUUUGUUGAAAUAAAUAUUCCCACAGUUACAAAUAAGAGAGAGCAGAAAACUAGUAAUUCCCCCCAAAAUUAUUUAAAAUUUCAUUUUAACUUUGAUUUCAGAUUCAAUUUGGUUGUUUUAUUGUCAGUUGGGGCAAGAGGGGGAAAAAAAACAUUUUAGGGGCUAUUCUAGACUGGUAUUUUCAAUAAUAUUUUUCAUCAAUUUUUAAAAUCAUUUUUCAGUUUAUUUUUGUUUUAUGACGCGUAAAUAGAUGUAAUUGAAAGUGUUGGAGCCAUGUUAUUCAUUAACAAAGUUGUAUCCAUAGUCUAAUUUUACAGUACUGGUCUGGUCACUUAUUGGUUCGUUGCAUUUGGAAAGAUGGCGCCCCGUUUGGGUAAUUGAUGGUAUGGUAGCUGCAAAUGAUGCACUAAUAAACUGACACAUAUCAGGUGUGUUCAAAUGGAAGUGAGAGGCUACACUUGUUUAUAUAUAUAUUUUUUAAGACACUGACCACUUACAACACAGGUGUCCAACCGAUUCGAGAAAGGGCCUAGUGGGUGCUGGAUUUUGUUCCAACCGAUAACGCGCAGAGAGUUUAACCAAUGAACUUCCUGCUGAAACAAAGUUUAACUGAUUACACAUGUAAAGAUCAAAUUGGUGAAAAGGUGUCCUCUUCAUUGAUUGGAAAGCAAACCUGCACCCACUAGGCCCUUUACGGAAUCAGUUUGACACCUGUGACUUACAACAGCUCAAGUCACUUGCAAUAAGAAAUCCCCCACCAUUAUUUGGAUUGUGAAUCCACUUGGAAAUGCCUGGAUCGCAAUAAACAACAACUGGAUCAUUAUCAGAAAUGAUUUUUU